AGAUCAACAUUAGUGUACACAUGUCAAAAAAAAAGUACGUAUGCUAUAUAUUGAUCUCUACUACUUGUUACUCAAGUGUCAUGUUGUAUUCACAAAAGCUUGUAUGCACACCAAUAAGUUCGAGGAUGAGUACAGAAUUAAAUGUCUAUGUCGAUCUCCGACGAACGAAAAGUGAACGCCGAACGAAGAACAGCGAUCUGAUUGAAUCAUACAUCAUGUGCACAUAAUUAUUAAAAUAAUCGGCGUGAUCACCCACAUCCUUGAGGCAAAAUUCCUUGAGUUUCAUUCUAUGAUGACCGUGAAUAGAAGGAUGCAUGUGAAGCAUCCUCUUUGGUGACCGUCUUGCCUCCCAGAACUUGCCUGGAACACAGGGUGCUUGACAGGCACGCCUGCAUACACAUCAACGAAUACGUGAUUUGGGUGUAGAUGAGUCUGUUUAACAAGGUGCCAUAACACAGUCUGACAUUUCUCUACAAUAUAAACUACUAGCGAGCAAGCGGCAAGGUUUAGUCAAUCGAUCGUUCUAAUCGUGAAUGUUUGACUUCUUGGUGGUCUUGAUGGUGAGAGAACAUGACAUUUUUGAUAUUACUUCAUGAUAUUACUUCAGUUGAAUCGCACACCUGACGAGAUGUGGACCUAUCUUGCCUUCCUAGCUGUCAUCUAUGUUAUAUAUGCAUUGAAGAAUUACAUCAGGAUUAUCAGAUUUAUUUUUACCCUCGAUGGACCGAAGACGGUGCCCAUCCUUGGUAAUGUAAAUACCGUUUUUGAGGGAAACUUGAUUCAGAGAAUGACAAACGAGGCGCAGAGUUACGGCCGCAUCUUCCGGGUAUGGCUAACGCUUCUGCCGUAUGUCACGCUCAUGGAGCCGGAAGAUAUCCAAGUUGUGCUCAGCAGUAUGAAGCACACGCAGAAGAUAUACUUGUACAAAUUGCUCGACAAUUUUCUGGGCAAGGGUCUGAUCACGCGGGAAGUUGACAAAUGGAGGAUACAUCGGAAAAUCUUGCAGCCGGCCUUCCAUCUUCAUGUACUCGAAAGAUUUGUCGACACAUUCGGCGAGUAUGCAGAUCGUCUAGUCGGUAAACUACUUGAGAAGGACGGAGAUGAUAUAAAUGUCACCGUAUUCGUUAACAACUCAGUCUACGAUAUACUGAUCGAGACGAUUUUGGGCAUGCCAGCAAGUCAAAGGUACAGCAACGGCGAAGAUGACACGCCUUUUAGAAAGGGCCAAGUUAUGGUACCAUAUAGAUUUGCGCGGCCGUGGCUGCUAAUUGAUUGGAUCUACCGAUUGACGGCGGCUGGAAAAUCGGAAGAACGACAGCAGAAAGAUCUCUUCGAUUUUUGCUUUAAGAAAAUGAAGGAAAAGCGCGAGUUUUUACGCAAGAACGGUUCUUUCGUCGCUGACAACGAGACGUCCAGAAAGAUGUCCUUGCUGGAGUACAUGGUCGAAAUCAACGAGAAGAAUCCCUGCUUCACCGAGCGGGACAUCAUCGAGGAGUGUUGUACUUUUAUGCUUGCCGGCCAGGACUCCGUUGGCACUGGCACUGCGAUGACACUUUUCCUGCUGGCGAAUAAUCCUAAGUGGCAAGAGAGAUGCGUCGAGGAGUUGAAUGAGAUUUUUAGUGAUGACAAUAGAUCACCUACCAUGCAGGAUCUCAAGGAGAUGAAGUGCUUGGAUAUGUGCAUCAAGGAAUCCUUGAGGCUGUAUCCUAGUGUGCCACUUUUUGCCAGGACGCUCGGGCAAGAUGUAAGAAUAGGAAAGCACGUGAUACCAGCCGGUUGCGGCGUAUUUAUAUUGCCAUAUUGUACGCACCGCUUGCCUCAUCAUUUUCCUGAUCCUCAUGAUUUUAAACCAGAACGUUUUAGUCCUGAAAAUUCUGAAGGAAGACAUCCUUAUGCUUUUAUACCCUUCAGUGCUGGACCUCGCAAUUGCAUCGGGUACAAAUUUGCUAUGCUUGAGAUGAAAUCGAUUAUUAGUACUGUUCUGAGAAAGUGUCGUUUAGAACCGGUACUCGGCAAGGAAAAAGUGUUAGCUAGGUUUCGAAUGACAGUUAGAGCACACGGUGGACUUUGGGUCAAAAUAAGAGCGCGUGAUAAGCGAUAUGAAUCCUAGCGACUAAUUAACAAAUGGUUUACGACAAUAAUGGUUAUAAUGGUAUUUUAAAGAUUUUCAAUAAUUUAAUAGAAGUAGAAAGAUAUAUAACUGCGCUCUUUGUAUUCAACGAUGGUGACAAAAACAAAAAUAAAAUUGGACAUUAUAAAUUAUUAGAGUCGAUGUAGUUUAAUAAAUAAUUGAAUCAUCAAU